AUUGUUAUGAGGAAAAUCAGCUCUCCAAAUUGAAAGUUAUGGCAGUUGAUAGUGAGUUCUGACUUCUGAGGCACAGGAAAAACUAACACCAUAUACACCAGUCAAAUUCUGAGGCUGAAACAGAAGCACAAAUCAAACCUCAACAAAUUAGGGUUCAAGAAAUUAAAUCCUGCGGUAUUCGAUAUUCACGUUGAUUUCCGAUUUUUCUUGUUCAUAUACAUAACAGUAGAAAAGAAAGCAUAUCUGUCUUCAACAAAGGAAAAGUCAACAUCAUCUGUGUUCAAUUCAUACAAAAGAAUGUCAGUAACCACCAUUACAGCAUCCACAAACAGUAGUGUGUGUGGAUCUACCAAUGCUUCAAGGAGACAUUUGAGACUGAAAAGAAACCACAUAAUCUUUGGGACUGAAAAAAAAUUCCUUUCACACCAAUGUGUACAAAAUUACCCUUUCACAAGCCCUUCAGAUAUAUCUGGACAAAGAAAUACAAGGGUUGAAGCAGGUUGGUUUUUUAAAGGUGGAGGUGAACAGGGUUCAGAUGCGAGUUUAGAGCACAGUGAUAGUGCCAAUGAGGAUAUACUCAUAUUCUUUUACCAGUUGGAUUUGGCAACUAGAGUACAGUAUGCAUUGAAUUUGGAGGAGUAUGAUAUUGCGAAACAGUUGAGAAACAAGCUCAAUGAGGUUGAAGCUGAAGUGAUUAAGCAACAAGAAACAAAGAGGGGAUUAUCCAUAAAAAGUGAAGCCCAAGACAAGGGAUUAAGCUUGUUGCGCUUCCGAGCAGACCUGCAGAAAGCAAUUCAGAAUGAAAACUAUUCAUUGGCAGCUGAAUUACGUGAUCAAAUUUCCAAACUUGAGGCCGAUUCUUUGGCUGCAUCAAUAAAAGCACAAGCUUUUCAAAAUGCUCAAUUUGAAUUUCGUUUAGGCCAGAAAGUCAGACACAAAAAAUUUGGAUACAGAGGUGUGGUUUGUGGAAUGGAUCCAGUGUGCUGUGAAACAAAAUCAUGGAUGGAAACUGCAAAUGUUGACCAGUUGACUCGUGGUCCUGAUCAGCCAUAUUAUCAGAUUUUGGUUGAUGUACAUGAAGACCCCAAUCUAUUGGUAGCAUAUGUUCCAGAGGAAAAUUUACUGGCUCCAGAAGAACCAGAUAAGGCUAGGUUUGAUCAUCCGUACGCAUCCUUCUUAUUUUAUGGUAUGGAUUCGGCUGGAGAUUUUAUUCCAGUGAAGCAACUGCGUGAGAAGUACAAUAGACCACGACACGAGGUGCCAUAUGAUCCAAAGGAUGAGAGGGCUGGAGGUGAUGCUUGAUUGGAUGUAAUCCAUUGAUGUGAUCUUGGAGCCUUGCUCCAAAACCCUCAUGCCUUGUAGUCGUAUAGAUAGAAUGUAUAUAUUUUUGUACUUGGAUCCAGGAUGCUUUCUUUUCUUCUUGUUCUUGAAGAUUAACAAGUGGAAUGUUGGAUUUUUCAAAUUCGAAUUUGUGAAUUUGGCAAGAUAGAGAAAAGAUACAAUUUCAACCUUCAA